AUGGUGAAGGAAAGAGAGCGGGUGAGGGUAGAGAGGAAGAAAGGAGAGGGGGGCGAGGAGGAAAAGUGGAGGAAAACGGGGGGGGGGGGGGGGUUGGGAUAGGAGAAAAAAAAUGGGUUUAAUACACACGUCAACUUAUACAGGACUUAGAUCACAUCUGACAUUAUGAGCCAUUUUCCUGGCCCUUCUUAGACAAGUGCCAAUAUUCUCCUGAAGAGAACUAGAACCAGCUUACCUUCCCAAAUCCUAACCUGUACCAUUACAGGUUAAUGCAUAACAGACCUUUGAUCAGUGUCUAGGUGCAACAUGUUAGAGGUCAGGGUUAGGCUUACCUACGUACAGCCAGACCUCCCAGCAACUUGUAGCGCAGAGACUCAGCCUGAGCAAUGGCACAAAGACCACGGGUUGCAACCUUCUCGGCGUACAGCUAGAGAGGGAGAGUGGGGAGGUUAACCUUCUACACAUACAGAGAGAGAUUGGGAGAGGCUACACAGCCUACAGCUUGGUGCAGGUGCUGCAAUGUGAUAGCCGCGGAACCACCACAGUAGACAAUUGUAGCCUCGCAAUUCACAUUCUUAGUUGUGGUGGAAAUAGUCUCUAGAACACUGACAACUUCAUGCAUCGCUGACUACCUUCAUCUUACCCAACUAGCCACCUGACUCUAACAAGAAACCAUCUGAAUCCACACAUUUCCUGUACUGGAUUGAGCCCUUCUCAGACAAAUGCCUCGAUGUCUUCAAUUGAAGAGACCGCUGCUCUGGGGAACUGAACCCAGAGACACAGAACGUGACCCUGACCCAGUGACCACAGAGACGGACUGUGUCCCGUUCCGACUCGUCAUCGUAUCAUCACUGAAGGAAAGCAGUUUCUGGUUAACAGUCUGGUGCAAAGGCAACGCUAGAGCUUUUUCAGUCAUUGAUUCUUCCUUUAGACACAGAGGUUGGUUGUUUUACAUUGAUUAACACAUUUAAAAAUCUGUGGAAUUCACACGUGUUUUCAUUUAAACUUCACACAAUCUUAUUCCUCUAUCCUCCACACUGCCCUCAGAAGCCAAACCUCUUCUGAACCACAGUUCUCAGCUGGGGUUAGGGAGUAUGUCUAAUGUGUAUAUGUACGAGUCUGUAGUGUGUUUAGUGUAUGCGUAUCCGUUUACCUCCACGUUGCCCUCAGGGAAGCCAAACCUCUUCUGAACAACAGCGGUCAGCUCCCGGAUGCGACGGCCCUUCUCUCCCAGAACAUUCUGGGUCCUGAAACAACAAUAAUACGUCAUUACUACAUGUUCUCCAUGUAUGCAAUCAGUUAUCAGUCAUCGUGUGUUCAUGAAAGUUCGAGCCGUAUUUAACAGGUUCUCAUAUUUAAAAACCAACUUAUUCAUUUCAUUCGAAUCAAUAGAUCCUUUUGAGUUAGUAAAUGCAGAUUAGUUUCAAUGAUGCAGGACAGUAGCUAGCAUGCAAGACCAGUUCUCAUAAUGAUAUCACACUUUGGCAACAUGGCCCUUUCUAAAGCAGACCACUUUCACCAACCACAUACUUAACUAGGCACCUAAACAACCUAACGCACCAGGGGUGUAGGGCUGACCCCAUUUAGUUGACUGGUCGAUAGCCGGUUUGGUCAACCAAUAGUUUUUUUGUCGAGCAGUCGCAAAAAAAUGUUUUCAUGGCACACGCGACACCUGUGAUUUGCACCUGUCUCAGUGGACUGUUAAUUCCCACAAUGGUUGUUUGGUUAUGGUAAUUUCUGUGAAUGCAUUCAAUAUUAUUAUUACAGUAAUUUACCUUGCUCAUUGCGUGAGUGGACACGUUGUUUGCAGAGCUCACAACCAAUGCUACAUUUGUGAGAAACAAGUUUUGGUUUAUUUAAUUCCAUUUACGUCAAUUUAUUAAUUGUCUUUUCUUUGGAGCACUCCUGUCAAUGUUGAGUAAGUAUUAUGAAUAUAGAAGUAGGCCUAGGCUACCUGGCCUGCGCCCAAAUGUAGCCCAGAAAUGUGCCUAUUUGGGGGUGUAUGACGUAUUUCUGAUCAUCUUAACUCACCACCACUAAGUUAUUUUUUCUUCACCUCAAACAGCAAGUAAACAAAGUCUGUUUUUAGAAUCCAUUGACAAUGUCAAUAGUUUCCAAUGUGUUCGAUAACCACUCUGCAUGAAUGGGAAAAAUGUACCUGAUUACAUCUUAUUCCUUGCACAAAUAGCCUACAGCUGUGUGUCCUGAGAAACUACGUUUUUUUUAUGCAUUUGAAUAUUUGUAGCUACUAAGUAAAUACCUGUAGUCAACUUGUGCAAUACAUUAGGAGAUAAUCCUCUGUAGCUCAGCUGGUAGAGCACGGUGCUUGUAACGCUAAGGUAGUGGGUUUGAUCCCCGGGACCACCCAUACACAAAAAAAAUGUAUGCACGCAUGACUGUAAGUCGCUUUGGAUAAAAGCGUCUGCUAAAUGGCAUAUUAUUAUUAUUAUGUAGCUUACGGUAGUCCCCAGUCAUGUGUCACAUUGUGUUUGUUUACAAGCACACAAUGACAAGAGACCGGAGCCUCGUGCAGCAUGUGCCAGGUGAUCUAAUUACAGUAUGGAAUUCACAUCAACGUUUGCCAUCUAGAUAUCUUAUAACUAUUAAGUUAACUGUCUAAAGUGCGCUUAAAUACUCUGCAGUUGUGAAUUUGAUUUGCUAAUUUAGUAGCUAAACUCAACAGAAAAGAAACGUCCUCUCACUGUCAACUGUUUGUUUUAAGCAAACUUAACAUGUGUAAAUAUUUGUAUGAACAUAACAAGAUUCAACAGACAAACGGAACAAGUUCGACAGACAUGUGACUAACAGAAAUGGAAUAAUGUGUCCCUGAACAAAGGGAGGGGGGGUCAGAAUCAAAAGUAAGUGUCAGUAUCUGGUGUGGCCACCAGCUGCAUUAAGUACUGCAGAGCAUCUCCUCCUCAUGGACUGCACCAGAUUUGCCAGUUCUUGCUGUGAGAUGUUACCCCACUCUUCUACCAAGGCACCUGCAAGUUCCCGGACAUUUCUGGGGGGAAUGGCCCUAGCCCUCACCCUCCGAUCCAACAGGUCCCAGAGGUGCACAAUAGGAUUGCAAUCCGGGCUCGUUGCUGGCCAUGGCAGAACACUGACAUUCCUGUCUUGCAGGAAAUCACGCACAGAACGAGCAGUAUGGAUGGUGGCAUUGUCAUGCUGGAGGGUCGUGUCAGCCCCUCCUGGAUUAUUAUGAUCCCUGCUGCCUAAUAUUUGUUUUGAGCUUGCUGCAAACCGCAUUUUGAGAUACUUGCAUGAGCCAGGUUGUCUGUCCUAGUAGUAAAUGUUCGCAUGCGCUCAUUAACAUAGCAUCCGCUAUGAGAAUUCCUUAGUACUAGUUAGCACUCUGAAAGUGAACUUUUUAAAGAUUGUUCUUGCGUUUCUUGGAGAAAUAAAAUAGGGAACCUUGUGUGCACUACCGGUAAUUUACCGUAUAUCCGGGAUGGCACAUCUGGAUAUGGAAAUAUGGAAACCGCCCAACCCUACACCAAUUAAUUAUACUACUAACAAUAACCCUUUAAAUCCAGUAUAACACCACUAGCUACCAACAUACCGGUAACUUUACCUUGUGGCCAGGAUGAUGAUCUCGGUCCUGGUCGGAGUCACACGCACCUCCACACCAGAGUAGCCAUCCUCCGCAAGCUCGCGCGUCAGGAACUCGUUCAGCUCGGCUUUGAAGAUUCCGUCCGCGACGAACUAACCGUGCACAAAAAAUGAGUACAUUGUUAGCCAGGUUGUAGGGAACAUGCGUGUAGUCACAUAGCCGCUAGUGAACCUGCAACUGAGUGGCGCAGUGGUCUAAGGCACUGCAUCGCAGUGCUAACUGUGCCACUAGAGAUCCUGGUUCGAAUCCAGACUCUGUCGCAGCCGGCCGCAACCGGGAGACUCAUGGGCAGUGCACAAUUGGCCCAGCGUUGUCCAGGGUAGGGGAGGGAAUGGCCGGCAGGGAUGUAGCUCAGUUGAUAGAGCAUGGCGUUUGCAACGCCAGGGUUGUGGGUUCGAUUCCCAUGGGGGGCCAAUAUUUAAAAAAUGUAUUCACUAACUGUAAGUCACUCUGGAUAAGAGCGUCUGCUAAAUGACUAAAAUGUAAAUGUAGGUAACAUCACUGGCCAGCAAGUUACAUUGUUGGUGCACUGGGUAACGCCAAUGUUAAAAUAAAGUAGGCUGCCACCUGUGUGACGUGAACAUUAGCCAACUAGACACUGACCACCAAUCUACAUACACACCACUUCGACAAUCAGACUUGCAACUAAAUGCUUUGGUGUUAUUAUGGCUAUACUUACUCACUAGUACGGUAUAAAAGGCACCACUUGACACGUUCUCUAUCGAAGUGAGGAUUCGUUGUACCGGUAACUAGCAUCUGUGUCAAUCCUCUUUAGACUAGGGGACGAGGACCCCGAUCAAUACUACAAUCAACUCCGUAUUCAUGCUGCUAACACAUGGCAUCCCAAUUUGCUACAAAUGCAUCAGUUAUGAAUAGAAUUUUGGUACGAAACGUGAACUAACCUUCCUCUUUUUGGAGAUUUGUACCGCCAUCUUGCCGGAGGCCGCUGACAGGAAAGAAAUUGUUAAGGAACCGGAAGUGUAUUUAUACCCAGAAUUGCGAGUUCCGUCGAUGCUUGAUGACGAUGGUGUUGGGCGCUUUCAACAAACAAAAAAAUACUGGUAGCUACAGCUAGCUAGUUAACUUCUUUGGAAAUGGCAGCACAUCUCAAAAAGCGAGUUUACGAGGAAUUUUCCAAAAGUUGUCCAGGUUGGUAGACGCAUGGUUAUGGAAAAAAACGAAACAUUCACCUUUUAACCAUCGUUGUUCUGUCUAUACUAGCAAACCAGAUAGCUAACGUUAGACUCAGGCUGUGUCCGAGUGUUUCGUAGCUAGCUACUGUUAACUUAUUGCAUCCCGCAAUAACAUCACAUAGUUUUUGAUGACAUCAUGCAUCCUCUUUCAUUAACUUUAGCUAGAUAUAUAUAUUAUAUAGGCCUCGUAGAAAAGUUGCUAACUACGUUGGGUCACAGGGAUCUGAACAAAUGGCCAGUGGUAGCUAGUUAGCUAGCUGGUGUACAGCCUGAGUGCCAGUCUGUUUGUGUUAUGAUCAUGCAAAUCAUGAAAAGGGCAGCAAUAGAGUAGGCAAGGGCACAAACAGAUCUGGGACCUGGCUAGCUUUGUCUAGAGCCUUGCUAUAGUUCGAUCCCUACAGCUUUAGAUAUGCUGUUUGGCUGUCCAGAUCCGUAUCAUCUCAUAUCACAAAAUGAAAAAUAAAAGGUAAUCCAUUGUCUCUGUUGAUCAACAGCUUCCCCAAGAGGAGGCUCCAGCCAAGAAGCUCCGUCUGACCAAACCAAGUAAGUCUGCAGCGCUGCAUAUUGACCUGUGUAAGGCCUCCAACCCCACUGAUGCCCUGCAGUACCUGCUGCACUUCGCCCGCAGCUCCGUGGAGGCAGAGAGUGUGGAGGGGGUGGUGCGCAUACUGCUGGAACACUACUACAAGGUAUGGUGGCCCUGGCUUUAAUCCUUCCAUCCUCCCAUCUCUUCUUCCAUCCCUCCAUCUUCUCCUUCUGUCCUUUCUCUUCUCUUUCUACCUUACAUCUCUCUCCUCCUGGAACACUAUUACAAGGUAAAGCAGCCCUCCUCUCCCUAGCUGCUCUUAGCAAUGCGGGUCUAUUUACAUACACUAGCCUUGCUUUCAAUUGUAUUGGGUUGCACGGAAAGCCAGAAGUUCAAUAAUAUUACAUUUCAACGUACUGUGCCAAUGUACUCUCUGCUUACCUCAUGUCAAAAUAAAAGUCCUGCACAUGCGCCAUAUGUGGACAAAAAAUGAAUAACUUGUGGGGGACUUUUAUUUUGACAUGAGGUAAGCAGAGAAGAAGUGGGUUUACAACAGACCAACGUUUGGAAAGUCUGUUUAAUAACACAAUCCUUUAGAUAUUUUGUGGCAAAUUCCCCCCGUCAUAAUGACCAACCUUCCUGCCCACCGGCACAGUAAGUUGAAAUUGAAUUGUAUUUAACUUCUGGCUUCCCGAGGACUGUUUUUGUGCAACCCAAUACAAUUGAAAGCAACGCUAGUGUAUGUAAAUACACCUGCGUUGCUAAGAGCAGAUAUCUUCUCCCCUCCUUCCAUGGUGCCUCCUUUCUCCCCUCCUACUUCUUUAUUUCUGCCUCUCCUUCUUCUAUCCCUUCUUUCCCUCACAUUGCUCUUGUGUCUUCCUGUAGAAAAGUGAUAACUUGUAACUGUGUGUGUGUGUAUCUAUGUCUCUGUAGGAGCAGGAUAACUCGGUGCGGCUGAAGAUUGCCUCUCUGAUCGGUCUGCUUAGUAAGACCCAGAACUUCAACCCUGAGACUAUCCUAGAUGACACCCUCAACACAUUCAACACAGAGAGUAAGUUACACUCUGAUACACACACUUAGUAUCCCAUAUCUUCUCUGACCAAUUCCAUGUCUCUCUCUGUGUUUUCUUCUCCGUGUGUGUGUCCAGAGUCCCACCAGAUCCUGGCUCAGCUGCUGGACACUCUGCUGGUCAUCGGCACCCAGCUCCCAGAAAGCCCUACUGUUAGACACAGACUCAUAGAGGUGGCCUGCAAGGUAACACACACACAGAUGUGGUCUGCAAGUUUUUUCAUUAAUCUCUCUCAUCCCUCUCUCGCUCAUCCGCCUCUCUCAUUGAUCGCUCUCAUCCCCCUCUCUCAUCUUAUCCCUCUAAUUUGUCUCUCUCAGCACCUGUCAGAUACAUAUUUCGGUGUGAGGAAUAAAUGCCUGCAACUCCUGGGUUGCCUGUGCAACGUGGACACGCCCUUAAAUAAAGAUGGACAGGGAUUGGUUCCAGCUGUGAUUGGGGGCGGUGCUCCAGGUGUGUAUAUUUAUUUGUGUUAACUAGGGUAGUUGAGUCAACAACAAUAAAAACAUUUACUACAUGACAUGUUUAUUUACUUAAUUUAAUUUAACCAGACUAGUCCCCUCAUCACAUCACCAUGUCCAUAUCUGUGAGAGAUGUGUAUGUGUGUGGGAUGUGCAACAGCAGUGUGUUAUCAGUGACUACUUUCCACCUUCCCUUCCUCCUCCUUUAAGGGGUGUCUGGCGGAGUGUGUGUGAGAGACGCGCAGAGCGUCAUCAGUGACUACUUUGCCGACCAGGACCCAAGGGUGCGCACUGCGGCCAUCAAAGCCAUGGUAUGACCUCACUUCCUCCUGUUACGUCCCAAUAUACAUACUAGCAUGCUCACUUAGAAUGCAUUCCCAAAACAAUGCUUCAGUCUAUUGAGUGGAUAUUGAGAGGCCUCUCAAUAGUCUGCACUGCUCUGAAAACACAGGACAGGUGAAAGUUAGCUGGAUGUCUACUCCAAACAUAUACAGUGGGGAAAAAAAGUAUUUAGUCAGCCACCAAUUGUGCAAGUUCUCCCACUUAAAAAGAUGAGAGAGGCCUGUAAUUUUCAUCAUAGGUACACGUCAACUAUGACAGACAAAAUUAGAAAAAAAAAUCCAGAAAAUCACAUUGUAGGAUUUUUAAUGAAUUUAUUGGCAUAUGAUGGUGGAAAAUAAGUAUUUGGUCAAUAACAAAAGUUUCUCAAUACUUUGUUAUAUACCCUUUGUUGGCAAUGACACAGGUCAAACGUUUUCUGUAAGUCUUCACAAGGUUUUCACACACUGUUGCUGGUAUUUUGGCCCAUUCCUCCAUGCAGAUCUCCUCUAGAGCAGUGAUGUUUUGGGGCUGUCGCUGGGCAACACAGACUUUCAACUCCCUCCAAAUAUUUUCUAUGGGGUUGAGAUCUGGAGACUGGCUAGGCCACUCCAGGACCUUGAAAUGCUUCUUACGAAGCCACUCCUUCGUUGCCCGGGCGGUGUGUUUGGGAUCAUUGUCAUGCUGAAAGACCCAGCCACGUUUCAUCUUCAAUGCCCUUGCUGAUGGAAGGAGGGUUUCACUCAAAAUCUCACGAUACAUGGCCCCAUUCAUUCUUUCCUUUACACGGAUCAGUCGUCCUGGUCCCUUUGCAGAAAAACAGCCCCAAAGCAUGAUGUUUCCAACCCCAUGCUUCACAGUAGGUAUGGUGUUCUUUGGAUGCAACUCAGCAUUCUUUGUCCUCCAAACAUGACGAGUUGAGUUUUUACCAAAAAGUUAUAUUUUGGUUUCAUCUGACCAUAUGACAUUCUCCCAAUCCUCUUCUGGAUCAUCCAAAUGCACUUCAGACGGGCCUGGACAUGUACUGGCUUAAGCAGGGGGACACGUCUCGCACUGCAGGAUUUGAGUCCCUGGCGGCGUAGUGUGUUACUGAUGGUUGGCUUUGUUACUUUGGUCCCAGCUCUCAGCAGGUCAUUCACUAGGUCCCCCCGUGUGGUUCUGGGAUUUUUGCUCACCGUUCUUGUGAUCAUUUUGACCCCACGGGGUGAGAUCUUGCGUGGAGCCCCAGAUCGAGGGAGAUUAUCAGUGGUCUUGUAUGUCUUCCAUUUCCUAAUAAUUGCUCCCACAGUUGAUUUCUUCAAACCAAGCUGCUUACCUGUUGCAGAUUCAGUCUUCCCAGCCUGGUGCAGGUCUACAAUUUUGUUUUUGGUGUCCUUUGACAGCUCUUUGGUCUUGGCCAUUGUGAAGUUUGGAGUGCGACUGUUUGAGGUUGUGGACAGGUGUCUUUUAUACUGAUAACAAAGUUCAAACAGGUGCCAUUAAUACAGGUAACGAGUGGAGGACAGAGGAGCCUCUUAAAGAAGAAGUUACAGGUCUGUGAGAGCCAGAAAUCUUGCUUGUUUGUAGGUGACCAAAUACUUAUUUUCCACCAUAAUUUGCAAAUAAAUUCAUUAAAAAUCCUACAAUGGGAUUUUCUGGAAUUUUUUUUCUCAAUUUGUCUGUCAUAGUUGACGUGUACCUAUGAUGAAAAUUACAGGCCUCUCUCAUCUUUUUAAGUGGGAGAACUUGCACAAUUGGUGGCUGACUAAAUACUUUUUUGCCCCACUGUAGGAAGCCUCUGUAGACUAUUGGCAUAUGUCCAGAGGCUAGAUAGAUUAUAUUGACUGAUUGAUUAUUCAAUGUUCUGCUCUUCCUUUCAGCUGCAACUACAUGAAAGGGGACUGAAGAUUCAACAGACCAUAUAUGACCAGGUAGAGAGUGUGUUUGUGUUUCUUUCCAAGCCUCUAGGUUGCUGUGUGUGUGUGUGUGUGUGUGUGUUUCUCUCUAAUUGUGUGUGUCUAGGCCUGUCGGCUGCUGUGUGAUGACUAUGAGCAGGUGCGUUCGGCUGCCGUUCAGAUGGUGUGGGUCCUGAGUCAGAUCUAUCCAGAGAGGUAAAACACACACAUACAGACACACACGUACGUACACACACACAUACUGGCUGUGUUCAAGAGCACUAAAUCCAUGAUUCAUUGUGGGUAACUUGUGACUGACAGACUGAUCUACAAACGAUAAUGAGUGGUUAUUUAUGAUGCAAGUCGAUUUGUAGAUCAGUCAGUCAGCAAUCGCUUGCAAUGUCAGCUGCAAUGUCAAACAAGCCCAACACUGCACACUGACUGGGGGGAUGAAAACUGCUGUGUGAUUGGUGAAUAAAGGUGUCAUCUGUCCAAUCAGCAUCGUGCCUAUCCCGUCAUCCAAUGAGCAAGUCCGUCUGGUCGACGACUCGUUUGGGAAGAUCAGUCACAUGGUCUCUGAUGGAUCCUGGGUAGUCAGGGUGCAGGCCGCCAAAACACUGGUGAGUACACACACACACAAACCACUCGUUCACAUCUUACUUUACUUUUCAGAUAGCCAUGGUUCUCCUUUCCUCCUCCUCCACUCAUACCUCUCUUCCUCAGGGUAAUAUGUUGCAGGUCAGUCCUCACUUCCUAGAGCAGACUCUGGACAAGAAGCUGAUGUCAGACCUCAGGGUACGUACACUGUGUGUAUGUGUGUAAAAUGUAUUUUCAGAGGAAGCAUACAGCAUUUUAUUUGUAAUUUAUUUAUAAUAAUGUAUAUUUCAAAGGAAAUGUACGGCUCAUAGGCAGGCCAAUGAGAUCUAUGUAAUCUAGAUGUAAUAAAGUAAAUAUGUAGUGUAAUCUAUACAUAUUGUUAUCUACACUGAACAAAAAUAGAAAUGCAACAUGUAAAGUGUUGGUCCCAUGUUUCAUCAGCUGAAAUAAAAGAUCCCCAAAAAAAUACCAUACGCACAAAAAGCUUAUUUCUCUCAAAUGUUGUGCACACAUUUGUUUACAUCCCUGUUAGUGAGCAUUUCUCAUUUGCCAAGAUAAUCCAUCCACCUGACAGGUGUGGCAUAUCAAGAAGCUGAUUAAACAACAUGAUCAUUACAUAGGUGCACCUUGUGCUGGGAACAAUAAAAGGCCACUCUAAAAUGUGCAGUUUUGUCACACAACACAGUGCCACAGAUCUCUCAAGUUUUGAGGGAGCGCGCAAUUGGUAUGUUGAUUGAAGGAAUGUCCACCAGAGCUGUUGCCAGAUAAUUUACUGUUAAUUUCUCUACCAUAAGCCGACGCCAAUGUCGUUUUAGAGAAUUUGGCAGUACUUCCAACUGGCCUCAGAACUGCAGACCACGUGUAACCACACCAGCUCAGGACCUCCACAUCCGGCUUCUUCACCUGCGGGAUCGUCUUGAGACCAGCCACCCGGACAGCUGAUGAAACUGGGUUUGCACAACCGAAGAAUUUCUGCACAAACUGUCAGAAACGGACUCAGGGAAGCUCAUCCGCAUGCUUGUCGUCCUCACCAGGGCCUUGACCUGACUGCAGUUCGGCGUCGUAAGCAACUUUGGUGGGCAAAUGCUCACCUUCGAUGGCCACUGGCACGCUGGAGAAGUGUGCUCUUCACGGAUGAAUCACAGUUUUAACUGUACCGGGCAGAUGGCAGAUAUGGCUUCGUGUGGGCGAGUGGUUUGCUGAUGUCAACGUUAUGAACAGAGAGCCCCAUGGUGGAGGUGGGGUUAUGGUAUAGGCAGGCAUAAGCUACGGACAACAAACACAAUUGCAUUUUAUCUAUGGUAAUUUGAAUGCUCAGAGACAUCGUGAUGAGAUCCUGAGGCCCAUUGUCGUGGCAUUCAUCCGCCGCCAUCACCUCAUGUUUCCGCAUGAUAAUGCACGGCCCCAUGUCGCAAGGAUCUGUACACAAUUCCUGGAAGCUGAAAAUGUCCCAGUUCUUCCAUGGCCUGCAUACUUACCAGAUAUGUCACCCAUUGAGUAUGUUUGGGAUGCUCUUGAUCGACGUGUACGACAGCGUAUUCCAGUUCCCGCCAUAUCCAGCAACUUCGCACAGCCAUUGAAGAGGAGUGGGACAACAUUCCACAGGCAACAAUCAACAGCCUGAUCAACUCUAUGCAAAGGAGAUAUGUUGCGCCGCAUGAGGCAAAUGGUGGUCACACCAGAUACUGACUGGUUUUCUGAUCCACGCUCCUAACCUUUUUUAAAGGUAUCUUUGACCAACAUAUGCAUAUCUGUAUUCCCAGUUAUGUGAAAUCCAUAGAUUAGGGCCGAAUUAAUUUAUUUCAAUAGACUGAUUUCCUUAUAUGAACUGUAAUUCAGUAAAAUCUUUUGAAAUUGUUGCGUUUAUAUUUUUGUUCAGUGUAUGUUUCAGAGGAAACGUACGGCACAUGAGCGGGCCAAGGAGCUCUAUGUAAUGUAAUCUGUGUGUAGUGUAGUAGUGGUCCUCUGUAGCUCAGCUGGUAGAGCACGGCGCUUGUAAUGCCAGGGUAGUGGGUUCGAACCCCGGGACCACCCAUACACAAAAAUGUAUGCACGCAUGACUGUAAGUCGCUUUGGAUAAAAGCGUCUGCUAAAUGGCAUAUUAUAUUAUAUUAUAUUAUUAUAGUGUCAUCAAGAUGGUGGCAGGACAGUUCUGCUGAGCAUGUGUGUCUCGCUGUUUGUUUGUUUGAAGUGUUACAAGUGUUUUAGCAAAACCAUUCAUCUUCAGAUAUAUUUAACUUGUAACUUGUGUAUUUGUAUUUUUUGUUACAUUUUAUGUACUUGCUGCUAUUUCCGUUUUGCCUUCUUGCCAGGUCGCCCCCUCAAAAGAGGUUUCUAACCUCAAUGGGUCUUACCUGGUUAAAUAAAGGUUAAAUAUUUUUUUGCAUGUAUUAAUAAUAAUGUUAUAUCUCAGAGGAAACGUACUGCUCAUGAGCGGGCCAAGGAGCUCUAUGCGUCUGGUGAGUUCUCCUCAGGGAGGAAAUGGGCUGAUGAUGCUCCCAAGGAGAAGGUGGACACCUCAGCUGUCAACCUGAUCGCCUCGGGGGCCUGCGGAGCCUUCGUACAUGGACUGGAGGACGAGAUGUACGGUAAGUGUGGUUGUGUUUGGGUAAGUGUGGUGGUGUUUGGGGGGUGUCUCUGUGUGUGUAUUAUGUUUUCUUUGUUUCUGUAAAGGCUGUGGAGGCUCAGAGAGAGAGUGUGUGUUUGUUUGUGUGCGCGUGGGUUUUGUGUGUGUAAAUUAUAAUGUGACACUGUGUGUUUUAUCUGUAGAGGUGCGUAUUGCUGCUGUGGAUGCACUCUCUGCUCUUGCCCAAUCAUCUGCUAGCUUUGCUGAGAAGUGCCUGGACUUCCUGGUUGACAUGUUUAAUGAUGAGAUUGAGGAAGUCAGGCUGCAGUCCAUCCACGUCCUGAGACAAAUCUCUAUUAACAUCACCCUGAGAGAAGACCAGCUGGAUACUGUACUGGCUGUUCUAGAGGUAACACACACACCAACACAUAUAUAUGGAGACACGUACACAUGCACGCGCCAACACACACGCAUGCACACACACACACACACUUUUCACACUUACAAGUUGAAAGAAGAACAUUUCUAAAUGUUAAAAAUAAUCAACUGAAAUGUGUAACCUGUGUAGGACUCGUCUCGUGACAUCAGAGAGGCGCUACAUGAGUUGUUGUGUUUCACCAAUGUGUCGACUAAAGAGUGUAUCCAACUGGCCCUGCUGGAGCUGCUGAAGAACCUCACCAAGUACCCCACCGACCGCAACUCUGUCUGGAAGUAAGCCUGUGUGUGUGUGUGUGUCACUUUGCAAGUGAUUCAAUAAAAAUGCUUUUAAAACUCAACAUGCUCUCUCUUUCUGUCUCUUUCUCUUCAUCUCUCCCUCUUUCUCACUCUCCCUCUCAUUCUCUCUCUAGGUGUCUAAAGUUUCUAGGUUGUCGUCAUCCUACCCUGGUGUUACCGCUGGUUCCAGAGCUGCUCAGUACUCACCCCUACUUCCACACCCCUGAACCAGACAUGGACGACCCUGCCUGUAUCCUACACACACACACACACACACACACACACACCUACCUCUGUGUUGUGUGUUCCUGACCUAGCGUAACAGAUAUUGCAGUGUUGGUGCUGGUGUUCAACGCAGCUCAGUCUUGUCCCACCAUGACAGCUCUGUUCUCAGACCACACCUUUAGACACUACACCUACCUACGGGACAGCCUCUCUCACCUAGUACCUCCUCUCAGGGUAAGACACACACACACCCCUUUCAGACACUAGACCCACCAAUCUAUGUCAAGACCCACUGUGUUAUAAUUAAGCAAUAAGGCCCGAGGGAGCGGUUUUUAUGCACAACGAAAUGUGGAGUGCCUGGAUACAGCCCUUCGCCGUGGUAUAUUGGCCAUAUACCACAAACCCCUGAAGUGCCUUAUUGCUAUUAUAAGGUGGUUACCAACGUAAUUAGAGCAGUAAAAAUAUAUGUUUUGUCUUACCCGUGGUAUACGGUCUGAUAUAACACGGCUGUCAGCCAAUCAGCAUUCAGGGCUCGAACCACCCAGUUUAUAAUCUGUGUUAUGAUGCUGUGUAUGUGUGUAGUUACCAGGGAGGAAGCAGGCCCCAGGUGUGAGUGGUAUAGAAGGUUCCGGCAGUGUGGAGUCUGCUCAGCUGUUCCUCCAACAGAGUCUGAGCAGAAUUAGCACCAUACACAACCUACAGGACCCCGGGGCUCAGGACCUGCUCAACUUUACUAUCAGGUACACACACACACAUCCACAAACACAUACUAUCAAAACAUUGAAAACAAUUUUUGAAGCGAAUAUUUUGUGUGUGGUGUGUGUAUCCUCUCAGAGACCUACAGAGACUGGGGGAGCUACAGACAGAGCUGGCAGGGGCUGCUGACUUCUCUGCCACCUACCUCCGCUGCCAGCUACUGCUCACCAAGGUGUGUGUCUGGAUCUGGAUAGACCGGUGUCUGUCUGCAUUACAUUUGACCAGAAUGCCCAAAUCGUAUAGCCUUUCCUCAUCUCCUUGUCUCCUCUCCUUGUGUCCUUCCACAGGCCUUGCAGGAGAAGUUAUGGACCAUGGCCGUCCCCCUCUGCCUUAAAGACAACGCCAUGGCAACUGCUGCUGCCAAACAGGUACACACACACACACGAAUGUGCUUUUUUUGUAGUCUUUUUCACUUUAUUUAGACGGAUUUGAAAUGGGGGGGAUACAGGUAGAUGGUAGAUAUGGGUUGAAGGGGGGAUUGAACCCUGGUCUCCGGUGGGAAGAGGAGCAUAGACACUGAGUGUACAAAACAUUAGGAACACCUUCCUAAUAUUGAGUUGCAUGCCCUCAAAACAGCCUCAAUUUGUUGGGGCAUGGACUCUACAAGGUGUUGAAAGUAUUCCACAGGGAUGCUUGCCCAUGUUGACUCCAAUGCUUCCCACAGUUGGCUGGAUGUCCUUUGGGUGGUGAACCAUUCUUGAUACACACAGGAAACUGAUGAGUGUGAAAAACUCAGCAGCGUUGCAGUUCUUGACACAAACCGGUGAACCUGGCAUCUACUACCAUACACGUUCAAAGGCACUUACAUUUUUUGUUUUGCCCAUUCACCCUCUGAAUGGUACACAUACACAAUCCAUCUCUCAAUUUUCUCAAGGCUUAAAAUUCCUUCUUUAAACUUUCUCCUCCCCUUCAUCUACACUGAUUUUGAAGUGGAUUUAACAAGUUACAUCAAUAAGGGUCACCUGGUCAGUCUAUGUCAUGGAAAGAGCAAUGUUUUGUAAUCUCAGUGUAUAUGUGUCUGGGUAGCCAUUUGAUUAGAUGUUCAGGGGUCUUACGGCUUGGGGGUAGAAGCUGUUUAGAAGCCUCUUGGACCUAGACUUGGCGCUCCGGUACCGCUUGCCGUGCGGAAGCAGAGAGAACAGUCUAUGACUAGGUUUUUUUUAAAUUUAUUUAACCUUUAUUUAACUAGGCAAGUCAGUUAAGAACAAAUUCUUAUUUACAAUGACGGCCUACACCGGCCAAACCCGGACGACGUUGGGCCAAUUGUGCGCCGCCCUAUAGGACUCCCAAUCACGGCCGGUUGUGAUUCAGCCUGGAAUCGAACCAGGGGGUCUGUAGUGACGCCUCAAGCACUGAGAUGCAGUGCCUUAAACCGCUGCGCCACUCUGGAGUCUUUGACAAUUUUUAGGGCCUUCCACUGCCUGGUAUAGAGGUCCUGGAGGGCAGGAAUCUUGGCCCCAGUGAUGUACUGGGCCGUACGCGCUACCCUCUGUAGUGCCUUGCGGUAGGAGGCCUUGCAGUUGCCAUACCAGGCAGUGAUGCAACCAGUCAUGAUGCUCUCGAGGGUGCAGCUGCCAUACCAGCCAGUGGUGUUACCUCUAGACAGUAAUGUGAUGUGCAGAGCUGUGUGUAUGUAAUGUUUUGUGUGUUUGUAGAUGCUGGAGGAGACGUAUAAACUGGAGUUCCUAUAUAGUGGUCUGGAGAACAGACAGGUGGCCACCAUACACCAUGUCAGACUACAGGCUAAGGCCUUACAGCUAGUCCUGACUGCCCGCACCAGGCGAGGGUUAGUACACACACAAACCCCCUCCCCCCCACACACACACACCUGUCCAUGACUAUAACUGUCAAGCAACUCAACCCCUCUCAUCUCUCUGCAGAGUUGAACCUCUCAUCAGUGUCUGUGAGAAAUUCCUUCAGGAGGUGGAAUCCUUUCAGAGGUAUAUUAUCUUUAUUUUUGCAACUAUCAUUUCAUCUACCUAUCAUUUCAUCUGUUUUAUUUAAUCAACUUUUGAUAUCGUUAAAAACCAAAAAUACAGAAUAUUUGUCCUAUAAAAGACAAAACAGAAACUGAUACAUUUGUAAUGAAUUGGGGAACUGAACUGUUGUUUUUAGUUUAUCGUCACAAGGUGGCAACAUUGACCUUGCAGAAAGCACACCCUUUUCUUUUGGGAUUCUGAUUAAUCAUGACCUCUGCCUCCAGGCUGUUUGUGGUGGAGCUGCCCCACCUCCAGGAAAGUUUUGUGGGGAAGCUGUUGGACGUGAGUCCUAGGCUAUCGGCCUGCAAGCCUGGAGAACUAGUCAAGAUUCUUCAGACCACAUUGAGACAGAGUGGCUUCUUAAACCUUCAAUUACCUAAGCAGGUACACAGAGACACAGACACACACACACACACACACACACACACACACACAGGUAUUUGACCCAGGUGUGGUUUGUAUUGACUGCCAGGUCCAGCGUGCGUCGGCGACCAUCAUCGAACCGACAGGAGAGUCUGACAACCCGCUGCGUUUCACCUCUGGCCUGGUGGUGGCGCUAGACAUCGACGCUACGCUGGAGCACGUACAAGACCCCCACAACACUGUCAAAGUACAGGUACACAGCCUGUUAUAUAAAGUCUCUGGUACACACACCCCUUAGCUGCGUUAUGAUUCUCCAACCUUCUCCCAAAGCGUGCACUCGUACACUCACCCUCAUGGAUUUAAAAGGAAUAACCUGGAAUAUAGUGGAAACUCCCUCCAGCCAUGCUUACACCUAGCCAAUGUAAAUGCAUAAGGUGGAUACACCUGCACAUUUCUGGAUGAAGGGUAGAGAAUCGGAAUGCAGCCUUUGUCCAGGACCCUAGCGGUAUGUAUAUAAGCUGUGCCCUCUCUCCUGCUGAUGUAUGAAGUGUUGGUACCAGCUGUAAUAGUUCGCUUUGUCUUUUUUAACACUCUCCAGGUGCUGUAUCCAGACGGCCAGUCUCAUGUGAUUCAGCCUAAACCUGGAGACUUCAGGAGUCCUGGACCACACCGCCACCGCCUCAUCACACAGGUCUACUUGUCUCACUCUGCAUGGACUGGUGAGGACACACACACUACCUGUCUCACAGCACAUGGACUAGUGGGGGCACACCCACACACAUUCUACCUGUCUCACUCCGCAUGGACCGGUGAGGACACAAGCUCACCCCCGGCCCCUUUCUCUCUGUCUCUCUCUCUCAGAGGCGUGUCAGAUCGAGGUGAGGCUGCUACUGGCCUACAGCUCAUCUCGUCUCUGUAAGGCGGCGUGGAGCGACAGCAGCACUGAAAGCCUCCAGCCAGCAGAGGGUGCCACUGAGGGAACGAUUCCCUUCGGCAAACCUGUCAAGGUCUUCAUCAUGCCCAAACCUGCCCGCCGCUGA